AUUAUUUGAUCCUUUGACCUGGUGUUGUUUGUACCUUUGAGCUGACGUGAUAUAUAGUCCUAAAAACAAAGCCACUGGAUCUGAAGUGAAAUUGAGUGACGCAUAAACAAACAAACAAACAAAAAAAAAUGAAUAAAAGUGGUUCUAUCUUGAGCAGAGAGUUAACAGAAAGUCGUUUGAACACAUAAAAUAUUCAAAUUACACAAUUUAAGGGUGGAUUCAUGGCUUGAGUUUUAAUGUAUUUUAAAAAGAAAACACCAUCAAUAAGUCACCCAAAGGUAGUAAUUGAACACAAAUGAUGCAUUAGUUUUAUCAUUUUCCAAUAAUCUUUAAUUAUACAUGCACAUUCAACGCUUUAAGCUUAAAUAUUAUAUUGUUCUUCAGUCUGUGUGUGUAUACAAAUUCACGCAUUACUGCAUGGUGCAGUUAUUUCCAAUACUGUGUGCAGGUCAAACUCUAAUUUUCUAAUCUAAUCUACUUUCAAUCAUUUUACUAAUAUUUCAAGUUUUGAUUCAGUUUCUAGUCAGCAUUUCAGUGACCUGUGUUGUUUUAUCAUUCUUUGCUUUUCUCGACGUCGCUGCUUUUAUGUUAAUGAGAUUUGGAGCCACCGUUUAUCACUAAACGGGGGUUAAGGGUGGUUCAGACGCAACGGCACACACAACUGUCAACGAGGUGGGAGGCGCGCUGUCGGAGUUUGGGGCCGGUCCUUGAACGCAGCGUGUUCCAGAGUACUAGUAGAGCGCUGAGUGACGGAGUCCUGCUCCACGGACACGAGAGCAGAGCAGAGCCGAGCAGGGCAGGGGUGGGGGGACAGACGGACGAGACGGACGAGACGGACAGCCAGCGUGCAGGAGGAUGGACUGCGUCCUCUGCGAUGUCCACUAAACGGGAUUAUAACCGCCCCGACAGCUCCUGAAAGCAGCAGCAGUAAUAGUAGUAGUAGUUGUAGUGGGAGAGUGGGGGGGAGCUCCGCCGCAUGUGCUCGUCUCUGUGCGCCUGGAAAACUUGGCUCUGCACCGGCCGCAAGAAAAGGAAAAGCGAGUCCCCCUCCUCUCCUUAAAGGAAAAAGGAAAAAAGAAAAGAGGAAAAAAGAAACCACGGGAAGCGACGAUAACUGCAGCCGCAAACGGACCCCGGGCUCAGGGUUUGACCUCCGGGACUCUCGGCAGCAACAAACCCGACCGACCUCUGCCUCCCCUCUCACAUCUCACAUGCCUGCGUUGAUGUGGUGGGAGAGAGGGAGGGGAGAUGUUUGAGCCACCUCGCUAAAACUCGCAGAGAUACCACGGGGGGGACAGAAGCGCGAGGAGAAGUUUUUAUUUAUUUUCGCCGGUGGAGUGGGUGGGAGGAGGGGGGGGUUUAAUCGAAGCAGGAGAGCAUCAUGGAGAGCCAAGCGGCCGAGCAGCCCUGCUACGAGGACGUGCGGAAGAGCGGCUACCUCCGCAAGCAGAAGUCCAUGCACCGGCGCUACUUCGUGCUCCGCGCCGCCUCAGAGCGCGGUCCGGCCCGCCUGGAGUACUAUGAGAGCGAGAAGAAAUUCCGCGGCAAGGCCCCCGUCCCGAAGAAAGUGGUGGCGCUGGAGACGUGCUUCAACAUCAACAAGCGGGCCGACUCCAAGAACAAGCACAUGAUCGUGCUCUACACCCGCGCCGAGAGUUUCGCCGUCGCCGCGGAGAACGACGCGGACCAGGACGAGUGGUACCAGGCCAUGGUGGAGCUGCAGUGCAAAAGUAAGAAUCCCACGGAAAAUGGAGCCGCGGGGGACUACGGAGUGCCAAAUCCUGGACCUGCAUUCAAAGAGGUGUGGCAGGUUAAAGUGUGGCCCAAAGGCCUGGGUCAGGCCAAGAACUUGGUUGGCAUCUACCGCCUUUGCCUGACUGACAAGACAGUAAACUUUGUGAAACUCAACUCUGAUGCCGCCGCUGUGGUGCUGCAGCUGAUGAAUGUGAGACGCUGCGGCCAUUCGGAAAACUUCUUUUUCGUUGAGGUGGGACGCUCCGCUGUGACAGGCCCGGGCGAGUUCUGGAUGCAGGUGGAUGAUUCAGUGGUGGCGCAAAACAUGCAUGAAACUUUGCUCGAGGCAAUGAAAGCACUGAGUGAGGAGUUCCGCCAGCGCAGCAAGUCUCAGUCGAGCUCUGGCCCCGGAGGAGGUGCUACCGCUUCUAACCCUAUCAGUGUUCCCUCGCGCCGCCACCACCCGAACCCUCCACCCAGUCAGGUCGGCUUCAUCCGCCGGCCUCGAACGGAGCCUCCUGGGGGGGCUAAUAAUGGAACGGCAGUCAACAGUGCCAGUGCUUCUCCCACACCUCGGCACAGUUUCCCGAGGUCACGCACUGCCAGUGAUGGAGGGAAAGGCGAAGAUGGGAUAACGGGGAACACGCCCCUCCAUGGUGUGAACUCCAGCCCAUCCACCAUUGGCUCCUGCUCCACCACACCAAUCCUCAGAUCAAAGUCGGCCCGUUCAGCCCCUACCACAGUAGCUAAAACUCCCCUCGGGUUGAUGCGCUCUAUUUCUACACCAGCACCCUCACCAGCCCCAAGUCUCUCCUCUAGCUCAGGGCAUGGCUCCGAGUUUGGAGGUGUAACAUCUCCUGCUGGUGCUGGUCCAGGGUCUGGUGCUUACAGUCGCGUCCCCUCUCAUCACGCCUCUGUCUCAGGUUCACCGAGCGACUAUGGCUCCUCGGACGAGUAUGGUUCUAGUCCUGGGGAUCACACGCUCCUACCCUCCCCAAGUCUACCUGGAAGCUCCGUUAGUAGUGUUGGCAGCCAGUCUCUUGGUGAGGAUGGAGCCAACUACAUUCUCAUGGGCCAACGUGGUGGCGGAGGAAACAGUAAUCAAUGUGGGUUGACAUCUAACUCAUUGCCCGCACCAGGAACGCCAGCCUGUAGUGCACAGCCCCAAAACAAGAGAGUCCUGCGCCGCUCCUCCAGCCGUGAAUGUGAAGCUGAACGUAGGCUGCUGAGCAAGCGGGCCUCCUUACCUCCCAUGGCCCUGGAAAGGCUGGCUCCUCGUCAGCGCAGAGCUGAGGAGCCAGCGGACGAAGACUCAGCCGAUUAUGCAAUCAUGUCAAGGAGCACCAGCCGAGAGUCCUUUACGUCCUCCUGCUCCUCCACACAGCGAGAGUCUUCAAUGGGUACUGGGUCAACAGGAGGAGGAGGAGGAGGGUACCUGGAUGUGGCAGGAGAGUUCAAAAUUGAAGCGGGUGGAGGAGCAGGUGGUGGUGUUGAUUUAGGUGUGGACAAUGGGUACAUGUCCAUGCUGCCAGGAGUCACUCAGCCUCCGCUGUCCAUACCCCAAUCCUUGGCCGUCUCUGUCCCUGACUCAGAUUCAAAACCUGCUGAUGACUACAUGGCCAUGACCCCCAACAAUAGCGUGUCUCCUCCUCAGCAAAUCCGACCACCAACUUCUGACGGCUAUAUGAUAAUGUCCCCCAAUAGCAGCUGCUCCCCUGACCAGCGUGGAGGUCUCUCCGGAGGGGCUUGGGUCGGCAGUGGCAGUGCAGACAGCAGGGCGGGCAGUGACUACAUGAACAUGUCUCCAAUUAGCGCACGUUCUGUAAAUGGUAGUCCUCCACCUCCAGAGCCUGCCUGCCAUUUAGAGACAAGUUCACAACAACAAGCCCCCAAGAUGGUGUAUUCUUACUAUUCCCUCCCCCGGUCGUACAAACAUAACCCUUCUGCUGGACAUUUUGACGACGGUCCUGGACGAGGCAGAAGGCCCAAUGGAAGUUGUAGUAGGGGAAUGGGUGGAGGUAGAACCAUUGGGGGGCGUCAGGAGCAACCACAAGCUGGCAAUGCAGCGGCUGGACGUCACCUUUCGCUCUCGUCGUCCUCGUACUCCUCUAGCUCGGCCAGCAGUGAGAGCCUUGGGGAGACUGAGGACCGGACUAGUCAAGUGUUGAGCAACAUGACUGGGGGAACUCAGCCCAAAGAUGGGACUAAACUCCAGCAGAGGCGAGGCUCUGGUGGUUUGUCCAAGCAGGGUAGCCAUACUAGAAGCAGACCAGUGAGCCUGUUUGUCGACGUAUCCAAAGCUAACACCCUCCCAAGGGUCCGUGAAAACCCCUUGCCCCCAGAACCUAAGAGCCCUGGGGAGUACGUAAGCAUUGAAUUCAAAGGGGAGAGGUACUGCCAGAAUGGGCUUGGAGGGGGGCGUGGCAGGGGUCUUAGGCAUGGCUUAUCAUUGCCCCACGGCUCAAGCAACCAGCCUUCUCAGCACAGGCCAACUUCUUGUGUGGGGAACUUUUUACCUCUCUCCCGUAGCCCCUCUGCCCCCAUCACUCCUCCAACCGCCUCGGAGUAUGUCAACAUGGACCUAGGUCCUUCCCCAUCCCCUUCGCCCCUCUCCCUUACCCCGCUCGUUUUCCCCUCUUUUAACACACCCCCCACGCCUCCAACUCUUGCUCAUGCGCCUAAAGCCUGUAAUCACGCUACUACUGGCCCUCGUGAAGAGGGGGCUGAAGUAGCCGAGGCCCCACUAAGGAAAAGCAGAGAAAGUGUUCCAUCUGUGUCCGAGUCCCCCACAUCCUGUGGAGAUUACACAGAGAUGGCGUUCAGCUUGAAUAGCAACACCGUCCCUCGGUCAUCAUCCAGUGUCUCCCCCAAAGUCCCGUCUCCCACCAGGACUGAUCAAGUGCUGUCAAGGGGCUUAGACUUCCCUCUAACGAAAUCAGGACCCAAUCCAGACCAGGGUGCUAAAGUUAUUCGGGCUGAUCCCCAAGGACGCAGACGGCACUGCUCGGAAACGUUUCUCGCUUCGCCUUCCCUCCCCACCUCUACCUCUACUUCCUCUUCAACUGCCUCCCUCUUUCCAGAGCACACCCAAGCCGUGGCCCGCCGUCUGGGCUUCGAAAACAUGCUCUGGGGGAAUGGUGCUGUGACUGAUUCCCCUACUCAAUUCCCCCUCCCCGGGCAGCAGUCGCUUCCCACGAACACUCAGACUUUGUCCACAGAGCAAGGCCUUAACUACAUAGACUUGGACUUGGCCAGCAAAGAGAGUCCUCAUCUGGGCCUGGAUGGGCCGUCAGGAAGCCAGGGCCCAUCUCGCCUCUUUUCUGUACUAAAUGCAGGUCCGGGCGUCGGGGGAGUAGGCGCAGCAGUCGGCAGUAGCAACAGCUCAAGCCUCAACACGUAUGCCAGCAUUGACUUCUACAAAUCAGAGGAGUUGCGGACGCAUCAAAAUGGAAACAAGGAGGGAACAGAGUGCUGAUGUCAGUGCGUCGUCCUUGGGGAAACAAUCUGGUACCACUCAGAGAUCUUCAAGGCUCCGCCUGCUCCUCCUGUGACAGCCAAUCACGUCGAGGGAGCGGCCGGAUCGGAUGUGGGCCUGUAGCACUUUGACAGAGACUGAUGGAAAACGUUUUUUUUUUUCUUUUUCCUUUCCUUUUUUUUUUUUUCAGUUCGCUUUCAUCUACUUGGUUGUGGAAACCAACAGGGAUGUGUGCCAAAUGACAUUCUUAAAAAGACAUGAGUUGCUCUCAUUCCUUGAGUGAAAGCAAAUCAGAGAAAGGUGCAAAAAUGGAGAAUGGUGAGGUUUAUUUUUUGUUUCUAAUUGGAAAAAAAAAGAAAAAAAUAACUAAUCAUAAGGAGCUCAAAGGUGUCUGAUGGGGGAAGUAUAUAUAUAUAUAUAUACAUAGAAUUAUAUAUCUGCUCAAAAAGUGCCUCAUUUUCAGAUUGUAGCCAUUUUACAAACAACUGAAGCUUUGGGUUGUAUUUUUGUGCUUGAUUUGAUGUAGUUAAGUAAAAAAAAAGAAGCAGAAACUAAAAAGUGGGGCCACGUUCAUGUCCUAUAGGAUGAAAGUUUGCGGUGAUGCGGGUGACACUUGGAGUUGGUUGUGUGACGGUGGAAAUACUGUGUAUGGUCAAUACAAUAGACUAAAGAGUUGUUGCUUUGUUUUCCUUUAUUUGUGGCACCUGCGUCUGUCUGGAUUAUAGACACUAAUAUAUAGAGCCACAUAGUCUCACUCGCCAAUUCAUUAGGUACACCAGUUAAAACGAAUACACUCUAAUUCAACAGCCUUGCUCUAAAUCUUAGCUUCAUAAAUGUUGUGGUAUUCAGCUUUAGUCUGAAAUAAUGGAAAGCAUUUUGGAGGUUGUGGUGCUAUUGUAUUGUGUUUAAUUAAAUCCAGGUUAAAUGUACCACAAUCUACAUCCUCCUUACAUAUAAACUGAACAUUUUAACAGUCAUGAAGGGUUAUUUAGUGCAGGACUGUACCAUUAGAAUACAUUUGUUUUCACUGGUGUACCUAAUGAUUUGGCAAGCGAGUUGACACUUUCCGAUUAAGAAUAACGUCAUUGAAGCUGAGUUUACAAGUGAAGAACUUGUAAUCAAUCCUACACGACAUGAACGUGGCAUAUUUGCUAAAUUUAAUCAUGAUAACGGUACUAGCAAGCUGCUAGCCUUCGUUUCUACUGUGAGAAAUAUUAGCAUAGCUGCUAUUAGCUUUCUGGUCAGUGUUGUUUUCCUCCUUUUCUCUUUCACUUGACUUUGUAUCUCUCCACUUAACUUUCGUCAUUCAACGAGCCAUAAACGAAAGUACUGAACACGUAUGCUUGAGACAAAAGGCACUUGUAGCAGGGAAUGCAGUAGCGUGUUGGCUAGCUAAAGCCAGGUAGAUCAGAUUAACGUAUUAGCAUCGUGCCAGGACGUAAAUUCACCGUCCUGCUGACAACAGCUCAGGGUUAUUCCCCUGAUAUAGAGCCAGGCGAUCCCAUUAGUGCUAUUAGCUUCAGACACUUAAGCCCUUUCAUCUCAGGAUGCUAUAUAACCCUCCCUACACACAGCUGAGGACCCUAUCAAUAGCCAUGCUAAUGCUAGCUUUGUAGCGGUCAGCAGCACACUGCUUUUAGCACCUGGAAGGGGGUCAGUUCUCACUUCAGUUCUGUCAGCAACAAAUAAAUCAAACCGCUUAUUUGUUCUCAGCUAUUUUCUACAAUACCAAACAUUUUAAGAAUUUUUUUUUGUUUUCAUUUUCUUCUAUCUCCUUUCUGUCCUUUGCGCUUACUCUAAUCUUCGCUAUGCAUCAGCACUUAAGUGCCUGUCUGUCUUAUUUGUCUCUGCCCCAUCUUAGCAGCUAGCACUAAUACACUUGUCCUAGCAGAAUACAUCGAGACUAUUUUUGUGUGUAUUUUUGUUUUUUCUCUUUUGGCUGUACAGUUCCCGUAAAAAAAGACUUUUUGUCCGUUUGUUCGGCGCGGCAACGAUCUCGGGCUUGACUGACGGCAGUGGCCCUAAUCUGAGGUGUUAUGGAGGACUUAAUCGUUGCAGGGCCGCCAGUGCCAAAACAAACAACAACAACAAAAAAAAAAAACUGACUGAGUUGGUUGUUUCUCUCCGACCUCACCUCAAGAAGCAACUUGUCUGGACGCUUUGUUUUGUUUUGAACUCGUAAUCUUUUGUGUUCCCCUAUUGUUUUCUUUUGCGGCGGGAGCGAAAGGACUGUGACACAUCCCGCCUCGCAGGCCACUUUCUCCCGGAGAUAAAGGUCAUCGUGAAGACUUGGGUAUGCUUUAACCUUGAAUCUGCCUGUGAUUCUUGACCGGAGGAUUAAAAACAAAUGCAUGAAGAGAAAGGACGGGCCACAGUGAAAACCAACACAACCUGAUGUCUCAAGGAAAAAAAAAAAAAACAACAAAAAAAAAAAAAAAAACAUGUGUAUCUGUGUAGCUGCAAAUUG